AUGCGAGAACCCGAACAGUUUUCCCUCCAGGAGCUGCCAACGGCUAGUGCGCAAGAUGGCUCUGACAUCGAGCAACCGGUCAUGAAUUCGGAACCGGUCGAUUCGACCCAGAUUGAAUCGAACAAAACAAAGGUAUCAGUUCUGAUCGGCUCUGGAAUUCUUCAGCUACCAAUAUGGGGCUUUGCUAUGAGCUAUGGUGUAUUCCAAGAAUACUACUUCGACAACUGGACAUUUGAAGGUGAUCGCAGCAUUACCGGUGUAAUUGGCACAACCGCAAAUGGAGUCAUGUAUCUGUCCAUGCCCUUCCUCUUCGCCCUUUUCACUCGCCGAUGGGCUCAUAGACGACAACUCGCCGCCUUUUGUGGUAUCGUGAUUGCAUGCGUCAGUUUCUUCGCGUCUGCUUUCUGCACAACUGUUUGGCAGUUGCUCGCGACUCAGGGAGUUACCUCUGCAUUAGGGUGUGCUCUCAUUUACAGUCCGACGACUCUUUCCCUCGGCGAGUGGUACUCUUCCAGUAAUCGGGCUGUAGCAUACGGAAUUGUUCUGUCUUGCAAAAAUAUCGUUGGAACCAGCUGUCCAUUCAUGCUUCGGGCGAUGAUUGAUGCCUACGGCUAUCGGACAACUGUGAAAGCCUGGACUGCGAUAGUGGGUGGACUGAGUAUCUUGGGAAUCGUCAUGAUCCCAACGCAUCCAUCGAAAGUCUCGAUUCACAAAACUCGCGCACGCAAAAUCCCCUGGCAUUUCCUUCGACAUCGAUCAAUCUACUUCUAUAGUAUCGCUAUUAUCUUCCAGAGCUCUGGUUACGGUAUCCCUCAAACCUAUCUGAGCACCUAUGCUCGAGAUGUUGCUAUGUUAUCUCAGACCUCUGGAACCCUGAUGCUGGCUGUUUUCAACGCGCCCGGCAUUAUUGCAUCAUCCUUCUUCGGGUGGCUGAGUGAUAACAAGCGAAUCUCGUUCUCUGUCCAAGUUGUAUGCGCUAUUCCACCAAUUUUCUCGGCUCUUGCUGCAUUCUUAUUAUGGGGCUUGACGACUCAGGGUGCUAUUGGUAUUCUCAUAGUGUUCUCAAUGACGUUUGGGUUCUUCUCUAGUGGUUACAGCGCUACUUGGGGUGGGAUCCUCAAACAAAUGGAACGCGAGGCUGCCGAGAUGAACGAGGCGGUUGAUCCUGGGAUGCUCUAUGGUUUACUCAAUGGGGUCAGAGGAAUCGGGUACGUGAGUGGUGGCAUUGCAGGCGUCGGGUUACUCAAUGCGGGAACUAUAGCGGCGAGUCAGCGUUUUGCCUAUGGGACUUCCUAUGGUCCAUUGAUUCUUUUUACGGGGCUUUCUUCCCUCCUUGGAGGAUGGGUUGUUCUGUGGAGGUGGAAUCCGAAAAGACUUUUACCAUUAUUACAGAGAGUGUAG